CUCCCUAUUCACAACUUCAAAAAAUGCAUCAUCACCUCCCUUCAAUCUCCUCCUCCACUUUCUUGCUCAACUUACUGUUCUUCGCUCAGCUCCCAAUAUCAUAUACCCAAAAUACUGCAAGUAUUAAUCAGUGUUAUGAAACUUUCCGUUGUGGAAACAUACAGAACCUCUUGUUUCCAUUUUGGAAGGAAGGUAGCCCUGAAAUCUGUCACAAUGAAGGCUUUGAGUUGACCAAAUGCGAGGAGGAGGACGAUGAGCCCGUCAUAAAAAUCGGUGAGGCUGAAUUUCGGUUGGUCUUCGUCGAUCAACCCGGUUAUAGAAUGACAAUCGCUAGAGAAGAUUUGUGGGAAGGAAUUUGUAAUCCAACUAGCAAACAGAACAUGACUCUGGGAAACCAUUUCUUUCGAUUCCAUCCAACAAAUCGAAACCUUACUUUCUUUUACGAUUGCAACGAAUCAGUAGUACAAAGAGAUGGAGUUGGAUUUACGUGCACCCAAGGGCUAAUUUCUUUCUACGCCGAUGAUUUAGUUGAGAGAGGUUCUUAUGAACGGUUUAGCAGCUCUUGUCGUGGCGGCGCAAUCCAAGUUCAGAUUAAUGACAGCAUUUUCGGACGACUAAAAACAGAAGAUCCGGAAAAUUUUGAAUCUGGGAGAUGGAGACUGGGAUUUGACGUGCAAUAUGAUCUGCCUGAAAUUUUCUGUGGGAAAUGCAACAGCCACAAAGGUUUAUGCGAUGACAUGACUUCACCUCAAUACCCAAUCUGCAAAACGCAUGGUGGUGGUUCUAACUUGAGAAGAAGGCUGCUCAUCGGCCUUGUUAGUGGAGCAGGUGGUCUACUGAUCAGCUGUAUCAUCCUUCUCUGCUUUACAAGAAACAAGUUGCGCAUUACAAUAGCUACCUUUCUUCGGAAAUUCACAAACAAAGAUCAAGAUCUUGAGGCUUUCCUGAGAAACAAUGGAACUUUAACUCCUAAAAGAUACAGUUAUUCACAAGUCAAGAAGAUGACGAACUCAUUUAAAGAAAAGCUCGGACAAGGAGGUUAUGGAAGUGUUUACAAAGGGAAGUUACCCGACAACCAUCUUGUUGCUGUCAAAGUGCUUAAUACCUCCAAAGGAAACGGUCAAGAGCUCAUUAAUGAAGUUGCUAGCAUCAGUCGAACGUCUCACGUUAAUAUCGUCACCCUUCUAGGCUUUUGUUUGGAGGGUGGGAAAAGAGCCUUGAUUUACGAGUUCAUGUCGAAUGGAUCUUUAGAAAAAUUCAUCUACGGAAAAAAUACUUCAGAGGACGACGACGGUCGGCUCCUGACGGCCAAAGACUUGUAUCGAAUCGCGGUCGGAAUAGCCCGUGGUCUUGAAUACUUGCACCUCGGCUGCAACACUCGCAUUCUGCAUUUCGACAUAAAGCCUCAUAACAUUCUUUUAGACGAAGGGUUCCGUCCGAAGAUCUCCGAUUUCGGGCUCGCGAAACUAUGUCGCGGGACCGAUAGUGUUGUGUCGAUGAUGGAAGCUAGAGGAACGAUGGGUUACAUUGCUCCGGAAGUGUUUUGUAGGAACAUCGGAAGUGUUUCGCAUAAAUCGGAUGUGUACAGCUAUGGGAUGAUGAUUCUGGAGAUGGCUGGAGGAAGAAAGAACCUGGACGUUGGGGUACAUGAGAGCAGUGAGAUAUAUUUUCCACAUUGGAUUUAUCAGCAUCUUGAGCAAGGCAAUAUUGAACCGGAAUUGCUUGGUGUUUUGAGUGAAGAAGAAGCAGAAACUGCAAGGAAGAUGAUAAUAGUUGGCUUGUGGUGCAUACAAACAAAUCCUAAAGAUAGGCCUUCCAUAAGUAAAGUCAGAGAGAUGUUAGAAACCAAAGAAGCCUUGCAAAUUCCACCAAAGCCAUAA